UCCGCACGGUGGCUGCCCCCGAAGCGAAUGAAUAAGUCCGGGCAGACCAGGGCGUCCGAUCCACGCGCGCUCUGCACCCAGGCCCUCUCCAAGUUGGAAAGGACAAAAAGAAGGCAAUAAAUACUAAAAGGAGAGAGAGAGAGAGCCGGAUCGAGCGGCAACUCCCAGCCUUUGCUGGAAGAAAGAGAGAGGGAGGGAGCCGGAGAGAGCGAGCGCGCGCGAGGGCGAGCCCAGCACGUAAAGAAACUGACACCCGGACCCCCCACUUCUCCUGCACGUUGCUGGCAAUCAGAUCGCGUUUAAGCAAUUUCCUGAGCCCAAGAAUAGCAAUGAGUCGGGAGACUUUCGCAGGCUGAAAUUGGGAGCUCCAAGCACUUUUACCCCCCCUUUUUUUUUUUUUUUCAGGAGAAGGGGUGCGUGGGGGGGGGGCUCUACAAUUUGGAAGCGAUUUUUUUUUAUCUUGCACUUUGAAACUGGGACUGUAGCAGGGUGCGCGUGUGUCCGGGGAGUUUCGCCCCCUGCCCGGCUCCGCGGCGCGGAGGAUGGUGUGGAAAUGGCUGGGCGCGUUGGUGGUGUUCCCUCUACAGAUGAUCUAUCUGGUGGCAAAAGCAGCCGUCGGACUGGUGCUGCCCGCCAAGCUGCGGGACCUGUCGCGGGAGAACGUCCUCAUCACCGGCGGCGGGAGAGGCAUCGGGCGCCAGCUAGCUCGCGAGUUCGCAGAGCGCGGCGCCAGAAAGAUUGUUCUCUGGGGCCGGACUGAGAAAUGCUUAAAGGAGACCACAGAAGAGAUCCGGCAGAUGGGUACCGAGUGCCACUACUUCAUCUGUGACGUGGGCAACCGGGAGGAGGUGUACCAGACAGCCAAGGCUGUCCGCGAGAAGGUGGGUGACAUCACCAUCCUGGUGAACAAUGCUGCCGUGGUGCACGGGAAGAGUUUGAUGGACAGCGAUGACGAUGCCCUCCUCAAGUCCCAGCACAUCAACACCCUGGGCCAGUUCUGGACCACUAAGGCCUUCUUGCCGCGCAUGCUGGAGUUGCAGAACGGCCACAUCGUGUGCCUCAACUCCGUGCUGGCACUGUCUGCCAUCCCCGGCGCCAUCGACUACUGCACGUCCAAAGCGUCAGCCUUCGCCUUCAUGGAGAGCCUAACCUUGGGGCUGCUGGACUGUCCAGGCGUCAGUGCCACCACUGUGCUGCCCUUCCACACCAGCACCGAGAUGUUCCAGGGCAUGAGGGUCAGGUUUCCCAACCUCUUUCCCCCACUGAAGCCGGAGACGGUGGCCCGGAAGACAGUGGAGGCCGUGCAGCUCAAUCAGGCUCUCCUCCUGCUCCCCUGGACGAUGCAUGCCCUCAUUAUCUUGAAAAGCAUCCUCCCACAGGCUGCACUUGAGGAGAUCCACAGAUUCUCAGGAACCUACACCUGCAUGAACACUUUCAAAGGGCGGACAUAGAGGCAGGAUGCAGAGACCCGCUCGAGAGCCAUGGAGCCUGAGGGGGCCACGGUGCCUGGACACAUAACCCACGCAUCUGUCCCUUGGCACACUUCUGCUAGGUGAACAGGACUGCUCCUGUCUGUCCCCAGGGAAGACUCUGGCUGCUCCUCAGGCCAGCCCCAGGACCUUUGCACAGGACCGAUAGGAGUACCUCUGACCCAGAUGGGGAGGCAAGAAACCAGCCAGCGCCGCCUUGACACUCUGUCCGUUUCUGAUUCCGUAGAGUCGAUUGUACAUUGCUCUUCAAGUCCCAGCAGCCCCAGCCGUGUGCGUAGACUAUUCCCAGGAGAGUCUGUCUCAGAUGCUCUGCCUCUCCCUCCAAGGCCCACUCAUCCCCAGCUUGCGCAAACUGGUUGAACGGCAGGAAUUAAAAAAAAAAAAAAAGCGA